AUGGCGGACGCUGAGGAUGACGGCCCACAAGGUCUCAUUACGCAAGUCAGACCUCCAGGCCCAAACAACCAAGCACCACCAUCUGCACUCACCAGCCUCAUAACCCAAGUGAGCAGGCCAGACUCUUCGAACACUACUAACGAACAACAGGGUAUUCCCUUAUCCAAAAUCGGCGGUGCGUCUGCAACGACACCUGUCGCUGGCGACGUACCCAACGGAACAAGUAGUCUCCAUAAUAAUACCAACAAUAAUAAUACCACAACCAUCAUUAAUAGUAAUAGUAGUACUACAACAGGUCGUAGGAGGAGACCUAUUCUAUCUGCCUUGUCAUGUCUACUACCAUGCAUGUCGCUAGACGAUGGCGCAGCAGGAGGAGGAGAUUCAUUAGAUAACAAGGAUCACCGGUCUGCUACACCUGUAGUUGCUCAAUUACAGGGCUCGACCAAAGUUGAUGGUAAAUUAGUAUCUGGUAUAAAGCCUGCUGUAUCAACGCAGCCCGCUUCCACCAGAGUAGCCAAGAUUGAAACACCGACGGACAAGAGGUGGUUACUGCCACCUUUAGCACCAGAGGAUGUUGGUAAAAAGUGUCUAGUGCUGGAUCUAGAUGAAACCCUUGUGCAUAGUUCCUUCAAGGCGGUGCAAGCAGCCGACUUUGUCAUACCAGUAGAGAUUGAUGCUCAAAUCCACAAUGUCUAUGUCUUAAAAAGGCCUAGCGUAGACUAUUUCUUAGAGCGGUUGGGACCGCAGUUCGAAAUCGUCGUCUUUACGGCAAGUUUAGCCAAGUAUGCUGAUCCCGUCCUAGAUAUGCUCGACAUACACAAGACGGUCAAGCAUCGCCUAUUUAGAGAAGCCUGUUUGCACCAUCGCGGAAACUAUGUAAAAGAUCUAUCACAGCUAGGACGAGACCUCAAGGAUGUAAUAAUUAUCGACAACUCACCUGCCUCGUAUAUCUUCCACCCAACUAAUGCCAUCCCCAUAACGUCCUGGUUCAACGAUCCAAACGAUACCGAAUUGAGAGACCUGGUGCCGUUCUUGGAGGAUUUGAAGAGUGUGCCAGAUGUGACCAAAGUGUUGGAUAAUACGCUGGAAGAUUCAUAG